UCGCCUCGCCUCGCCUUGUCCCCUCCGUCCCCCUUCCGUCCAGUCCAAUCGCGAUUCCGACUCCGGCCUCUCCAGCUCUCUCGUUUGGACCGGAAGCAGCAGCAGCAGCAAGAUGUCUGGCGAGGAGGAGGAGAACGCCGCCGAGCUCAAGAUCGGCGAAGAGUUCUUGAAGGCCAAGUGCCUGAUGAACUGCGAGGUGGCGAUCAUCCUGGAGCACAAGUACGAGCAGAUCCAGCAGCACGCGUCGUCGGAGUCGGAUCCCUCCUCGCAGGUCUCCCAGGUGUUCGAGAAGUCGCUGCAGUACGUGAAGCGCUUCAGCCGCUACAAGAACCCCGACGCCGUCCGCCAGGUCCGCGAGACGCUCAGCCGCUACGGCCUCGCCGAGUUCGAGCUCUGCACCAUCGGCAACCUCUGCCCCGACACCAGCGGCGAGGCCACCGCGCUCGUCCCCUCCCUCAAGUCCGGCGGAAGGUUCGUCGGCGACCCGGGCAACGAAAAGAUCGAGAAGAUGCUCAACGACCUCUCCCUCAUCAAGAAGUUCGAGUAGCAGUGUCAAGAUUCCAGUGCCAGCCUGCCUUGGCCAUGGCCAUGCCUUGUUCACUUCUUCAGUUUAUCUAGCUAUGAUUCACUCUUGUCAAGAGAGAAUUCCAAGGUCAAGUUGUACUAGAUUUUCUACUGUUCACCAAUGAUCUUUGAUAUGCCUUGUUGC